UAUCUAUUCUUACUGUUAAUUGCUAAUGGUGAAAAUUUACUUCGACACCGUUAUGAUGUAAACAGCACGAAACAUUGAUACUCUAAUGUCUACUAAUAAUUGAAGUGUUGCAAAAAGUGAACGAUUGUCGGAUAGUUCCAAUAGUCGGAUACCUAUGAUAGAUUUCAUCAGUUUUGACAGGAUAUAGUACAGGAGAGUUGUUUUGACUCAGUACUUUAGUACUUUUCAAUGGAUUCAAUUAAACUUCCCAAGCAACAAACAUGCUUAUCACCUUAUGUACAUAAAUUGAUAAUUGAAGAUACAUUCAGUGAAGGGAGAGAUGCAUGUGUCUUUGAUCAGAAUGGAUUGCUGGAUUUUGAAUACAUCUGCAGCAAAUUACCAGCUGAAGGAUCACAAGAUGACCUUGCCAGCUAUUUUCAGACCUGUGUUGUAAAACUGGCUCCUAUGUUACACAGUGUUGAAGAUUUUAUGACAGAUGACAAAUUAUCUUUGAAAGAAAAAUAUUGCCAUCUACUUGAGUGGACUGGCCAAGCUGAUCAAUUGUUAGAGGUAUGGGAUAUGAUGAGGAAUGAGGACAGUAUAGAGGAUCUUACAGUGUUAAUGGUGACAACAACCUUUCUAGAGAGAUCCCUGGGUAAUGUGUACCUCAUCAAUGGACCAGAACCAUGUCCAUCCAUGAUAAAAGAUUUGUUGGUGUCAGAAUAUCUGAAAGCCAUGCUUGGUAGUCAUGUAAUACAGGUAUUACGUGUUAUUAUUGGUCCACCAACAUCAUUGAACAUCAGAAAUGUUGUCUGGCAUGGUUUUCCUGUUCCUGCUGAAAUACCAAGAAGGUGUAUAUGGUUUGUUAUAUUACUGGUACCCAGUAUUGGUCAGAUUCUUAGAAACAAGAAUGUUACAAGGAUAACAUUCAGGGAACCAGUCACUUUUCCAGAUACAUCAUUAAUUUCAGACACAAAGCUGUUUAUAGACGAGAACUGGUCAGAAGUUGCUGGACAAUCUGACCUUGUCUGCUGGAAUACACAGAAGUUCUGGGAGAAAGUGAAACAAUUUUAUGUCAACAAGAAGUAUAGUUACUGUGCUGCUAUUCUGUUGUAUUAUCUAGAACAAGGUUUGAGACGAGUAUUUGCUACAGUCAACAAAUGUCAACAUAGAAUUCUUACUGCAGAGGCAACAACAUUAUAUACAACAUUUGAUGAGAUACUAGAUCACAGUCUGCCAGAUGAUACAGAAAAUAAACUUUGUCAGUUUCUGUCACCUAAAUUUGUUGAGAUAUUAUUAGAUCAUCUACAAUACCAGAAUGGUCCAAGGGUACGAGACAGACUUAGUCAUGGUGAUACUUGCUGGAUAUUGUUUCCAUGGCAACUGACAUGUAAUCUAGCAACCAUCGCUGUAGCUUUGACUGCAAAAUUUAUACCUGACACUUCUAUUGAAGAGGUACUAAAUAGAGGAAUUAGCAAGGUAUAUAGAGAUAUAUCCGAAUAUAGAGUACAGUUCCACAGAAUUACUGUUCUGCAGAAAAAUAUACAGAGAUGCUGUAACCAGGCAACAAAAAUAGAUGAUUUAAUCAGAUAUAAUCCUGAUCUCUCGGAAAGGGAUAUAGGUACAGAAUAUCCCCUCUCCAGUCUACAAGUAGAGCUGAGCAAUGACUUACAGAAAUGUAUUGUUGUUUUAUAUGAUAAAUGGACAAACAAUGGAGUCUUACAUAGCCCACCUGAUUGUAUGUCCUACACAAGUUGCUCCAGGUUUAGUUCAACAAUUGAUGAUAUAUUGUCACAUCCAAUUCACACGUUAUACAGAGAUAAACAGUACCAGGUUGUAGAUGGACAUAGUACAGAUAGAGAAGGGGAGGUCAUGUCAGUGCUGGAACAUAUUAUAUCAGAAUGUCUAACAGUAUUAAAUAAUCUACAAGAUUUUGUUUCUGUCAGGCAGCAACAGUUGCUGAAUAAACAGCUGAGAUCACGGCAAAGAGAAAAUUUUAAGAAAUUCCUUACAAGUUUUCCAGCAUAUGUAGUCGUAAGUAACAUGAGCAGUUAUCUAUGUUGUUGGCAGUUAUAUCAUCUUGACUAUUUAAAAUGUUCGGAUGGCUACACAUCAAAGAUAAGAUUUUGGAAAAAAUGUUUACAGUUUUGUGAAAAUUUAAGGACAUAUUCUCAAUCAGACAAGAAUAAAUGGACAGAAGGAUUGACACUUAUAUGUGAAUACCAAAAUACAUUACAAUCUAAUCUUGUAACUCAGUUGCUGUGUAUACACAAGGAUAAAACAUGAUGGGAUAAAUCUACAUGUUCUACAUAUAGCCAACACUAGAUACGAUAAUGAUCAUCUGUUCAUUAUACUGAUUAAUAUAGAGUCUGACAUAGUGUCUAUGCGCUCAUAACAUACAAAAUAUGCUAAAGGCACAUUCUGC